CACGAGUACGACACUAUUUCCUGUCGUCCGUUCAUCGUCCAGCCACCUUUCGCCCUCCAUCCCUGAGCGUGAACGACGCGCAUGCUCGUCGCUUUAAGGGACGUUCAGUCGCGCGAUCUUUGCCACGAGAAAAGUUUCGCGAACCCUACGUUACUUUUCCUUUCUCUCUUUUUUUCCUCCAACUUAGUUUCUUCGAGUCGUCGAGUUUUCGAAGAAGCACGCCAAACUUCCUCCACCUCCUCCGCGGUCGGGUUCGUGCGGGUGUUUCGUAAUAAUCGAACAGGAUCUCGCGAGCCUCGUGGUCGCACGUGCUUCUCGGCACGCGCACCCAAGCACGCGCGUGCAAACGUGCGCGAUCGGGAUGAGGCUGAGCAGCUAGUCGUAGACGAAUACGUAUCGAUGUUUUCUCCUCCGGUGAGACCGGUGAAUUCGAUCGGUGAAUGAAAGAGGAGCGAUCGUACGCGCGAUGCGUACCGUAACCGAGGAUGCAGGAACCGAAGGAACGACCGGUGGGGGACCGGCAGCGACGAUUCAGCAACGUGCCGCGCCUAUAGGCCGCCACCACGUCGUCGUCGAUCACGAUCGCGUCGAAAGCGAGCAGCGUGAACGAUCGACGACGACGACCACCACGACCACGACGACGAUCCAUUUGCCGACGAGCGUACCUUACCAUCAACAGGUCACCAUCGCGGCGGACACCAACAACAAUCACGACCAUCAUCGCAACCUCGAGCAGCAUCACGCGCACCAACGCCACGAUCAUUGGAACAAGUGGCAGUUGCACUCGCCGAACGGCGACAGCGACAACAGCAACGGUAGCCAACGUGCGGUAGCCGUUACUCGAAACGAGAUAGAGCAGCAGCAACAGCAACAGCAGCAGCAGCAGCAGCAGCAGCAGCAGCAGUCGCAUCGGCAGCGACAGCAGCAACGACAGGCAACAGCUACCGUUCCGGUUCUCGGUUGCACAAAUCACUCCUCGAUCACUACGACCACGACGGCCUUCACAGUCGCCUCAAGUAUGCUUCUGCUCCAAACACAGAGUCCAUUUGGAUGCAGCAGUUUCGCGGAUUUGUUGAGCGCUCCCUACACGGAUUCCGCGGAUGCCGGAAGUCUGCCGGAGGAGCUGGAUCCAUUUCCGGAAUUGCAGCUGGGUAAUCCGCAGGGUGUGCCGACGAGCGAUGAGCCGGCUCAACCGCAGCAAAGCGUUCAUCAUCAAACGGCGCAACCUCCUCCUCCGCCACCACCCCUCCCCGAAGAAAUUCAAGCAGAUUCGCUGAGUCCCACGCCAUUGCCGAGCUUCCAAGAGACCUACACGGUGCAACGAUAUACCAGACAGGAACUCCAGGGUCUCGGCAUCAAGAUGGACGACGACUGUUACGACAAUUCGGUAUAUUCCUGCGGCACUGGUCACUAUUCCACCGAUUUCACACCGGCCGUCUCCUAUCACGAGCACCACAACCAACAGCAACCUCAUCAGCAGCCGCAACACCACCAUCACCAUCCCCAGCAUCAUCAACAACAACAACAACAACAACAACAGCCUCAACCGCAACAACACCAUCAUCACCAUCAAGGCUAUUUUUCGACGGAAUCGGCACCGACGCCGACCGCGGCGAUGCCGUCGCCGUCGAGUCAUCGGCAAGAUUCACCUUACGGAGUAGCGGUGACCGUGCCUAUGGUGUACGGUCAAGCGCCUACCAUCACCGGUGGCUCCACGGUGUCGGUACCGGUUCCUCCAACGGACAUAUGUCCAAACAUCGAAAACAUCGUCGUCGGUCCUCCGCGUUCGCGAAGAGCGUCUUUGCCGACUCAAAGGUCGGAAUCAGCAAGUAGUGGCAGCAACGAGUCUCCCAAGGCACGCGGGGGUGGUAACGCGAGCAUCGCUAGCAUAGCCAGCACCGCGAGCACAGCGAGUACCGGGAGUUCGGUCAGUUCACCGUCGUCCGGAAGCGGCACUACCGGUGAACGUGCACCGCCAAGCCCGAGCCAGUUGUGCGCCGUUUGCGGGGACACGGCAGCGUGUCAGCACUACGGCGUGCGUACGUGCGAGGGCUGCAAAGGUUUCUUCAAGAGGACGGUCCAAAAGGGUUCCAAAUACGUUUGCCUCGCCGAAAAAGCUUGUCCGGUCGACAAGCGUCGCCGAAAUCGUUGCCAAUUCUGUCGCUUCCAAAAGUGUCUCAUGGUCGGCAUGGUGAAAGAAGUCGUUAGGACGGACUCUUUGAAGGGCCGUCGCGGAAGAUUGCCUUCGAAGCCGAAAUCACCGCAGGAAUCGCCGCCGAGUCCGCCGGUAUCCUUGAUCACGGCUUUGGUUCGAGCUCAUUUAGACACGACGCCGGAUAGAAUGAAUCUCGAUUACUCGCAGUACAGACAAUCGAGACCCGGAGAUUUGUCCGUCACCGAGGCUGAAAAAAUUCAACAAUUCUACAGUCUGUUAACCACCUCGAUCGAUGUGAUCAGAAAUUUUGCCGACAAAAUACCUGGCUUUACGGACCUGGCACGAGAGGAUCAGGAAUUGUUGUUCCAAUCGGCCAGCCUGGAACUGUUCGUCCUCAGGUUGGCUUACCGUACGAAACCCGAGGAUACAAAGUUGACAUUCUGCAACGGGGUCGUCCUAGCUCUCGAACAGUGCCAACGUAGCUUCGGCGACUGGCUCCACAGCAUUCUCGAGUUUUGCAAGUCUCUUCACGGGUUGGACGUGGACAUUAGCGCGUUCGCCUGUCUUUGCGCUCUUACCCUGAUUACCGAGAGGUACGGUCUGAAGGAGCCGCAUCGCAUGGAGCAACUGCAAAUGAAGAUCAUCUCGUCGUUGCGCGACCACGUGACCUACGAUGCCGAGGCACAGAGGAAAACGCAUUACUUGUCGCGCCUUCUCGGUAAGCUGCCGGAAUUGAGGAGUCUCUCGGUUCAGGGUCUCCAAAGGAUCUUUUACCUGAAGCUGGAGGAUCUCGUGCCGGCGCCACCGCUGAUCGAAACGAUGUUCGUCGGUAGUCUACCCUUCUAAUCGUUUCCUCCUCCGUUACACCACCACCACUACCACCACCACCACCACCGUCGACACAACCACCACUACCACCCACGCCACGAUCACACUCUAAACGAAGCCUAAGGCUAAUAUAUAAUCUCGUAAGACGAUCGUCGCGAGAUCCUACGUGCGGUUGCGUAAUUCCAUCUUUUCGAUCUUUAUUUUUAAUUAAUAGCCUGGCUUUCGUUCUCUCUUUUUGCGUGUUUACACGCGCCCGAGUGUUCGUAAGUGUCUUUGUCCUUUCGAACGAGUUCACCGAGGAGCAGCUGAACGGAUAUAUGGUCCCUUCUUUUCUCCUUCUCGAUGUUACGAAUGCAAUUCCCGAGAAUGAAUCUAAUAUAUUAUACAGUAGAAUAUUCGUACGUACGCGAUUAUACAAGUCCUAUGUACAAUUUUGCGUGUGCGUAACUAUGCGCGAAAUACGAGCGAGUGAGAGAGAGAGAGAGAGAGAGAGAGAGAGAGAGAGAGAGAGAGAGAGAGAGAGAGAGACUGGAGAGAAAGGAUAGGCGUGAAUCUACGCUGUCGGAGUUAUCUUCUAAGGGAAAGUACCCCAAUGUGCGUGCCUGAAGCUCCGCGUGCGUUACUAUUACCACUAUUGCUAUUACUAUUGCUAUUAUUACUACUACUACUACUACUAUUAUUAUUAUUAUUAUUAUUAUUAUUAUUAUUAUUAUUAUUAUUAUUAUUAUUAUUAAU